AUGACAACCCCCGUCAGUGCCAUCACCAUCACUGUCAUGCUUCCCCCUACUGCAUCCCUGACGAGCCGUUCCCUCGCCCUCAGCAGCCGCGGGGCCUGUGAUGUGAGGCGCGUCGUGGCCCGAGGCGCGGCCGGGAUGGACGAACACACGCGCAUCAGCCACGCCGAGUGCGACAUCCCCAGCAUCCGACUGGACCCCCGCGGCGCCGUCGGAGGCAACGACGACGAGGACGACGACGACGCAGCCGUUUACCUGCAGGAGCUCGGCCUCAACUUCGCCAUCACGGCUCGCUCCAAGGGCCGCUCCUCCACGCUGCCCUCCGCUUUCCCCAGCCAUGAGGCGUCGCGUGCAGGCUCGGCCGUGUCCUCGGCGCUGUCGUCGCUGGCCACGCGGCAGAAGACCUCGCGCGCGCUGGUCGAGGUGGCCAACAAGGUGAGCGCGGGCGGCGAGGGCCAGCUGUACCGCCUCCUGUCCGCCAAGAGGAACCACAUCCAGCAGCUGAACAGCGAUGUCGUCUUCCUUCACAACAGGAUCAAGGAGCUGGAGGAGCAGAACCGGCUGCUGGUCCGCCUGGGCAAGCGGCAGGAGGCGGCGCUCGUGCGCUACCAGGACAUGAAGAGCGAGCUCCCGCACAUCAUCGAGGCGCACAAGAUCGAGAUCAACGUCCUGCACGAGAAGCUGAGGAGGUCCACGGAGCUAAACCGGCGCAACGCGGAGAAGUUGAAGCAAACGGACGCGCGCAUUCUCAAGCUGACGGAGGAGCUGACGCGGCUGCGCGAGCUCAGCCGCAAACGCCAUCUGCCCGAGCGAGAGCUGCUCAACAAGAAGCUGAGCGCCGCCACGCACGCGCUCGAGGAGAAGGAGAAGGAGAAGGAGGAACUGCGGCGGCGCCUGGGGGUGCUGGAGAAGGCCCUGAAGCAGCAGGUGCAAGCGGAGGUGGGGCGCCACCGGGCGACGGCCAAGAAGCUCUACAGCCUUCAGCUCGAACACCACAAGCUGGAGGAGCAACUCAAGGAAAAGGAGCGCGACCUGGCCGCCCUGCAGCACUACAGUCGCAGCAGCAGAUGUGGCCGGAGCAGCACGGCCGGGGACGACAGCACGACCUCCACGACGGCCAACUCGUCCCGCUCGCCGUCGCUGUCGGCACGCCGCAAGUCGGGCUCCCGCCAGCGCAGCAGCGGCGCCUCGUCCACGUCGGGCAUCGCGUCGGCGGGUGACGUGGGCAUCUCGGCCAGCGACUCUCGGGGCUCGCUAGCCCUCGACACGAGCAGCAGUCGACUCCCUCCAAUCAGCGCGGAGUCUCGACGGAGGAAGGAAUCGUUAGGAGGGUCUCCGAGCGCGCCCCUCACCUCCCCAGAGCCGCCGCUUGACGUCCCCACCAGGAGAGCGCGGCACAGAGCCCUCCCUAAGGAGAGCGCGGAGGAGCGGCGCGCGGGACGCAUCAGGAGGGGGCGGCGCUCCCCCCGACCCUCAACCGACGACGACUACCUGCAGACGCCCCGCUGCACGCCCACGCCCAGCCCGCACACCACGCCCGAACCUCCUAGCCAGGGGGAAGGCGGGGGCGCGGAGCCACAACAGGAUGAGGGGGGCGGAGAGGGGCGGCUGGGGCACAGCGACCACAAGCGGCGCCAAAGGCUGGCUGCUUCCCUCCGCGACGCCCGCCGUCAGGAGAGCGCCGACGCCGCCGCCACCGCCACCGCCGACGCCGCCGAGGAGCGCAAAAGGCAGGGGUCGUCGGCAGGGAGCAGCGGCAGGGAGGGGACGAGGGGGGAGUUUUCCCUGAUCGAACACUACCCGCCGAGAGAGCGCCUCACCCUGAGCGGCUCCGACAGCGGCGGCAGCGGGAGCACGCCUCCUCCUACAGCUCCCCCGAGGGCUCCCCCGAGGGCUCCGACCGUGCUGUCUGAGGCGAAGGCGCCGGCGCAGCGCUCCCGCCUCGACUCCCCUCUGGCGGGCGGCGCCGUCGGCCGUCGCCACCACACCAUCACGGCCCACGACCUGCGCACGGUGUCCAGCCUCUCCAGGCUGGACUCGGCCAACCCGGCGAUGCCCAAGCGGGGCGCCAUCACGCCCUGAGUGCGCGGCGCACGAGGACUGCGGCGCUGCGGGUCAAGCGGCACAAACGCAGGAGCGUUCUUCUUAUUUCCUUCGCUCUCAAAGCCGGUGUACAUAUCCUGUGAAAUAUCCUGUCACUGCGAUGGCCAGGCCUUUGACCACUGAGGUCAAACUUGUUUGUGAAAUAUACCGAACUGCUUUCUGGCAGUGCAAGCAACUAGUAAAGGGCUAGUACAUAGCUAUACGUGCUCUAGUCUGAUUUUUGCACAAAUGUUCCCGGCAUAUCUAUGAGGGCUUUUCAAGAAUGUGGUUAUAACAUCCAUCACACUAAUAUUGUUUAUCUCUUUUUAGAGUCAAGAAUCACUGUUCUUCCUUCUUCUCAUUAAAAGGAGGAGUCAGAGAAAACAAAAUAACGGGCGGCCGAACGAAAAGGCACUCAAUCAGUUAUUUUGGAAGAUGGGAACAACUUGUGAAUUAUACUCCUAUUUCGAUUAGAACAAACUGUUAGUUACUCGAAGUAAGAGUCCUUCUCCUAGAAAGUUCUAUUUGGAAUUGAGUGUUCUCUAAUUCUAGCAUCUAACUUUGUUGGUCCUCGAGCCCCGUUGCUUCUGCUUUGAAUUGGAACACAUCUAAUUUAGUAGAAGCUUACUUCCCCGUCGCCAAUUUACCCGUUCCAAAUAUUCCUUGAUACGUUGAGAAAAUUGCAAUAAAUCCUUUACAGGUUGUGCUUGUUUCUUUAUUUGCCACACAACAUAAAUACAUAGUUGAUGCGGAAGGAUGCAGUGAAAAUUAAGUAACAAAGAACUAAAUCAAUACAUGGUUUAGUUACUUACCUCAGUGUAUCAUUGAAAAUAAAAUAAACAAAUCAUUGCAAAUACAAGGCUGGUAUAGGGUGUAGGGGGUAAAUAUGACAAUCAAAAAUAUUUUGUUCAGAAAAAAUAUUAUUUAUUAUGAAAUAAACUGCCAUUAUACAGAAAUCUUUCUUACAAAAAUUGACGAUUUUUUCUAGUUUCCAGUUAAUUAAACUGUAUUCCCAGAAACGUCACAGGAUUAUGCACUAGAUUUUUAAACUCAAGUGGAAUUCUUUUUCAUUUCUUUACUUUCUUUCUUCCAUUCAACAUUGUAGAAAGUAAUGUCUAAAAAAAUUCAUUACUAUGAGAAAAGAUUCCCCAAAAGAAAACACAAAUAUGAUAUAUUCUGAACUGGCUGCAAUUAGGUUUCACAAUUGCAUUCUUGAAAGAUGGUGGGGGGUUUCAUGCGAGGAAAUGAAAGGGAAUGGGAGAGGGUAAGGGAGAGGGAGAAAGAGGGGGGAGGGGGAGGGAGAGGGAGAGGGAGAGGGAGAGGGAGAGGGAGAGGGAGAGGGAGAG